GUCGCCAUCCUUGUCGACGAGUGCUACUACGAAUUCAUGGACCCAGCGACGACAGUGAAGGAUGAGGUCGCCAGCCUGCCGAACCUCUUUGUGUGCCGCACCUUCUCGAAGACCUGGGGCAUUCCCUCCCUGCGCAUGGGCUACCUCAUGAGCGCGAAGGAGAACGUGAACGCCCUCAGCGCGGUUCGCGGUCCCUACGACGUGAACCAGCUCGCCGUCGUCGCCUGCCAGGCGGCCCUGAAGGCCAGGAGCUACGUCGACGGGUACGUCGACGAGGUGAUGAGGCGAGCGAAGCCGAGACUCGAGGAGUUCCUCAAGGCGAAGGGGAUAGGAUUCUGGCCCUCGUGGGCCAACUUCAUCUUCUGCUACUUCUCGGACCCGCUGCCCCUAGAGGCCGAGCUGCGCUCGCGGGGCAUCCUUGUGCGCCCAAAGAAGGACGCGGAGGGCGUGACCGGCCUCCGCAUCUCCAUCGGGACCCUGGAGCAGAUCGAGCAGCUGUGCGGGGCGCUCGAGGAGCUGCUGCCCGGCAAGGGCGGCGAGCCAGCAGCAAAGAAGCCGAAGCUCUGA